CCACCAUGAAGCUGAAGGAGGUCGAGAGAACAGCUGUCCAGGCCUGGAGCCCUGCAGGCCACCACCCCAUCUGCUUGGCGGCAGGAACAUCUGCACAGCAGCUGGAUGCUUCUUUUAAUACUAGUGCCACUCUGGACAUUUUUGAAGUGGACUUCAGAGACCCUUCUUUGGAAAUGAAAUGCAGAGGAAGCCUUUCCACUGCAAACCGAUUUCACAAGCUUAUCUGGGGCAGAUUUGCCAGUGGAGGAUCUGAUCCCUCUGGAGUGAUUGCAGGCGGAGGGGAUAAUGGCGUGAUCACCCUGUACAGCGCUUCUCAGAUUCUGACUUCAGCAAAUGAGCCAGCGAUUGACCACGUGGAGAAGCACACUGGCCCCGUUCGAGCACUUGACUUCAACCCUUUCCAGGACAACCUGCUGGCUUCUGGAGCCAACAACUCUGAAAUUUACAUCUGGGAUCUGAAUAACUUCAGUAUGCCAAUGACUCCAGGGACUAAAUCACAGCCUCCAGAGGACAUCAUCGUGGUGGCCUGGAACCAACAGGUGCAGCACAUCCUUUCAUCUGCCCACCCCAGCGGGAAGGCGGUUGUGUGGGACCUCCGGAAGAACGAGCCCAUCAUCAAAGUCAGCGACCACAGCAACAGGAUGCUCUGCUCAGGAAUGGCUUGGCACCCCGAGAUUGCCACUCAGCUGGUCCUCUCCUCAGAAGACGACCGUUUGCCAGUGAUCCAGAUAUGGGACCUGCGGUUUGCUACCUCUCCCCUGAGCCAACUGGAGGGCCACACGAGGGGUGUCUUAUCUCUGUCCUGGUGCCAAGCAGACCCAGACUUGCUGCUGACCAGCGCCAAAGACAGCCGGAUCCUGUGCUGGAAUCUCUGCCCCAGUGAAGUAGUCUAUGAGCUGCGCACACCAACACAGUGGUGUUUCGAGGUCCAGUGGUGCCCCCAAAAUCCUUCUGUCUUCUCAGCUGCUUCUUUUGAUGGGCGGCUCAGCCUUUAUUCUGUGAUGGGUGGCAUCCUGGAGGCACAGCAGAAAAGCCAGGCAGACAAGAUCUCCUCCUCUUUCAGUCACAUGGACCCUUUUGGCGCUGGACAGAACCUUCUGCCUCUGCAAGUGCUGGAACGUGUGGCUGCUCAGGCGACCCUGGUCCCGCCUUUAAAAAAACCUCCCAAGUGGAUCCGCAGACCAACAGGGGCAUCAUUCACGUUUGGAGGCAAACUAAUCACCUUUGGCCACACCAAGGCCCUCACACAGCUGGGGCAGCCAGUGAUGCCACAGCAAGUCUUUAUCAGCCAAGUCACCACUGAGGCCGAGUUCUUGGCCCGCUCCCAGCAGCUGCAGGAGGCCCUGCAGUCAGGGAGGCUUCUUGACUUUUGCCAAAAGAAGAUCGAAGCAGCACCGGAGCCCUCUGAAGAGAAUGUCUGGAACUUCCUGAAGGUGAACUUGGAGCCAGAAUGUAGGACCAAACGGCUGAAGCUGCUGGGCUAUAGCAAAGAAGACUUGCAAAAAAAAAUUGCCUCAUACUUGGGGAACGGAGUUUUGGACAAACAGCCUCCUCCUGAAGCUGAUGACCUCGGGCAAGCCACACAAGCUAUUCAGGGCCGGGAAAACUCCACAGGAAAGGCCACUUCAUCUGUACAUUUCUUUGAUGACCUGCUUAAGGAGAAGCCUGCACUGGAAAUUCCUGUCUCCACAGUGGCAACGCCGGACCCGAACAGGGACGAACCACCACCGCCUCCGCCACCGGUUGUGGUGAACGAUGAGGAAGAGUUCGAGGUCCGUCAGAUCCUAGACUCCUGGCUGCAUCGAGGACAGCUCCAGUACCUGACCAACUCGCCCAGCUCGUCGCUCAGGAACGGUUCCUCUUUGCUGGCCGCCACGUUGCUUUUCACCGCUUCCUUAGUGCGGCCGGGAGCCUUCCUUGGGACGGGAGUGCUCUCUUUCGGGGCACUUGGUGGUGCUUGCGGCAGUCCCUUGACCACGCUCUCCACUUCCUUGCGGACCAUGGCUCGAAACUCCCUGGCUGUUUCGUCCUCCUCGGCCCUUGGGGCCGUUGCCCCCAGUUCUCCCUCGUCUGGUUGCGGGCACUCCUCGUGUAACGGGGCCGCUACGAUAGUGUCAAUCUCCCCCGGCUCCAUGGGUUCUGGAUUGGGCUCUUCCGCGUUCGCCAUUCGCAGCCUUCGCAUGUGUCGGGUCAGGCUGGCUUCGCGUCUAGCCGGGGCCUCAUCCAUGGUGCUGGUGGAGCUGGGUCCCAGCCAACUGCCAUUCACCCCACCAGCCCUCGCUCAGCCACCUGUGCCUUCACCCUACAUGCCUCCGCCUGCACCAGUGAAGCCUCUGCCCAGUGCAGCCCCAACUGUGCCUGUUUUCUCCCACAGAGGAGAGCCCCCACCUUAUUCCCAGUAUGGCUCUGGCAUUGUGCCCGCUGCUGGACCGAAUGCGCCAUUGCCGCAGCCGUUCAGCUUGCCUGGGGCCAGCCUUUCUGGACUCAGAGAGCUUCCUGCUCCAUCGUUCUCUCUGGGACCCCCUGAAGCAUUCCGUCCUGGACCCACUCUUCUGACUCCAACCUCAGUGCCUUCUUCCCAGCUCCCCAUGGCUGGCAGUGCUGCCACACAGGGCCAGCCCACUAUGCUUUUCUCUCCAUUGCCUCUCAGUUGUCCAGCAGGGAUGAGCUACCCUCCACCACUGUCAGAGUCCCUGGCUGCCAGCAGCCUCCCUUCACCACCCACAGCCCAAGAAUCCUGGGACAGUCCUUCUGCUCUGAGAGGCAGCCUCCAGAGGAAAAAAGUUCCUGAGUUCACCUCUCCUGCCCCAAUCACAACUCCCAUAAUGAACCUCCCCAUAAGGCCUCCUGGAGGUUUUCCUGUGCGAUUUCCUCCAUCCCAGGAGUAUGUUUGCAGGCCUCCAAGAAUGCCAACAGAAGGCAGUAUGCGGUUUCAUGAACUGCCUGUGGUGCAAGUUAAGAAGAGGGAGAUCCCUCCUGAGCAUCAGGUGCUGAAGACCACCUUUGAAAGCCUGCUUCAGCGCUGUUUAUCCGUCGCCACUGACAUUAAAACCAGAAGGAAGCUGGAAGAUGCAACUCAACGGCUGGAGUGUUUAUAUGAAAAACUGCAGGAGCAGGCGCUCUCCCAGCCCAUCCUGCUGGGCCUCCACGAGUUGACUCGCUGUGCAGAGGCUGGCAGCUACCAGCAGGCCCUGGCGGUGCACACACAGGUGGUGAACAGCAGCAGGUUCAGCGAUGUCUCUGGCUUCAUGCCUGUCCUGAAGGCUCUCCUGACCAUUGCCCAGAAGCUCGACAUUUAGGAUCUCCGCGGCCUGGACCGUCACUGUGGAAGGAGGGUGUGGGCUUGCAGAGGUUUUCUUUUGGCAGUUGGAUGCUGGAUCUCCUCCUGAGGGGGGCUGUGGCUGGAAGUAGCUGCCACUCAGGCACCUCAGUGUGCGGCUCCUUGAGUGUCUUCCUGCUGCAGGUUCUUCAAGAAGUCCCUUCGCUGGACCUCAGCGCAGUACGAAUGCAACUCGGGGCAAGAGCAAAUGCCAGCCUCCUUGUCUCCUCUGCCUUCCCAAGCCCCUUUCCCAUCAUUUCCUGGCUUUUGGGUCAUCCUCGUGCUGCAGGAGAUCAUCUGGCUGUAUUGCAGGAACCUCCCAGUGUCAAGGAACUUCAGGGCUGCUGCUUUUGGAGGCGCUUUGUUAGGGCUUGGGGAGCUCAUGGAAUUGCACUGACCAUCCUGCUGCUAAAUAAUGACUGAUAUGCUGUUCUUAUUGUGGGGUUAUGGGCUGUAAACACAAACUCCUUGUUUGAAAACUGUCAGGCCCCUUCCAGAUUGGACCCAAGUGCCUCUCUUCCCACUGUGGCCUCAUCCCACCUACUGUGUCCAUUUCCCCAAAACAGCCUGGGCAGCAGACGAUCAUUAAGCCCUGGACAAUCCUCUGUUGCUGCCAGGCCACACGGGAAAUGUAGGUCCAGUUCAGUCCAUGCUUGGGGUGGGGCUUGGCUCAGUACUGUAUGGUGCUUUUUAAUAACUGCCUUGCUAGGAGAUGGGGUGUACCUUUUCAGAGAGACCAGUGCAAGGAAGUUCCUGGUGUUUCAUAACUUGCGCUGCGGUCAGACUUUCUUCAUCUUUCUUGGUGGAUGAUUUCAAGGGGUUAGAAGAAUUCUUUAGAUAUAUUCCAACUUGCAGGGUGGGUCAGCUUUCUGUCACUCACAGGAACAUGCUUGAAGGUGGACUAAAGCUAAGCUUGCACUGAGACAGUCUUUGCCUUGCAGCCCAGAAGAUGAGAAUGAGUGUGGUUCUGUGUGUGGGAUUCAGCUCUGAUCAGUAUUUUCACAUUUUUUUCUGAUGCCUCUGCCUUACACACAUAGCCAGUGCCAAUCUCUCCAGAGGUCUGCAAUUUGAGGCACAGAUUAAGCAGAUGAAAUAAAGGUGUUUUUGUGAACA